AUGAUUGAUCCUUGUAGAGCAGAUGAGUGGAACUUGAACAAAUGGGCAUGGGAAGGAGAAUUGAAAGUGGUGAGCAAAGGAGAAGAAUGCAUUAUUAAAAUUGUAGAUAAAACCACUAGGGAACUUUACGCUCAGGCCUUUCUGUGUGAUGGUGAACCUUAUCAUGUAGAAGCCGUUAUCGACAGUAGCAGGUGGUCGUGUUCGAUGCUUUUAUUAGACUCGGGCUCCGGGAGAGAACAAAAGCAUAUGACUUCCAAACAGCACUACAUGACCACAUGA